GGUGACUAAUGUAGGAAUCAUUUGCGCACGUUUGAGAACAAGAAAACCAUCAUUAUAUGCGAAACGGAAGCCCUGUCAUCUUGUAUACUUUAAUUGAUGCUCAUUGUCCUAGUAAUCUCCUCAAAACAUCGCUAUCUCUAUUCAAAAGGUGAGAGAAUUCUUCUUCCAACAAGAGCUUACAAAGUUGCUUUCUAAUUUUACCAGCGAUAACAAAUGAUAUGACAUGGCCUGGGUAGAGGGAGAUUCCCCUGGUUUUCUUUUUUGUAUGUCCCCUGUGGCGGCUAACAGUUGUUUUCGUGGGGAUAUCAAACGAGUAAUGUGCAGAUAUGCAGUCGAUGAUUAGAAAUGCUCAUGAACAAGCAACACAUUACAUAAAUAGCAAUACAUUGCAUUGUUUUUAAGUAUAUAACGACUCGUUACGUGUCUGUUAUAAUUUGUAAAUGGAACUUGUUAUUGAUUGCUGAAAGAUGUUUGGAAUACGGUGAUUUUUGACAACAUUUUCGUGUUGUGUGUCCUGAGAAAAUCGGAUAUCUACAGUUUUGCACGGAUAAAUUUACCUUGCUUCGCUUUUUAAAGAUGACCAUCCUACCGGAGAGCGUGGUUAAUGUUAGUAAAGAUGAACUGGAAGCAUUUGCCAAUGGGAAAAGGGUUGGUAGUUAUUUGCUGGGACGAACUAUCGGACAGGGGUCGUUUGCCAAGGUGAAAGAGGCGAUUCAUGUUUCCACAGGAGAAAAAGUCGCAAUCAAGAUGAUUAACAAGCGAAAAGCCAGGGAAGACCGCUACGUUAGCCGAAAUUUGAAGAGAGAAGCAGAUUUAAUGCAAAGAUUACGUCAUCCACACAUUGUGAGGCUGCUUGAAGUAAUGGAGACAGAUAGCUUCUACUAUUUAGUAACGGAGCUGUGUACUGGAGGAGAGCUUCUUGAUCUCAUUUGUGAGCGAAAAUAUUUAGAUGAGAACACAACGAGAAAGUACAUUCAACAGCUUUUAUCAGCCGUUAACAGUAUGCAUCAUAGCGGAGUUGUACAUAGAGAUUUGAAGAUAGAGAAUUUUCUGUUGGAUGAGAAAGAUAAUCUCAAGAUUGUCGAUUUUGGUCUGAGCAACAAAUUACCGUCUUCAGCUCUUGAGGCAUGGGAACGAAUCGGUAUGUGUCCGUUGCUAUUAACAACCCACUGUGGAUCUCCAGCGUAUGCGGCACCAGAACUGCUGGCCCAAAAGGCCUACGGUGCUCAAGUUGACAUCUGGAGCAUUGGCGUUAAUAUGUUCGCAAUGCUUACUGGGAGUCUUCCAUACAACCUAGAGAGGUUCAAUAUCAUAGAUAUGUACCAGAAGAUGAUGGAUCGCCGAAUGACGCCACUUCCGCAAUAUAUAAGCCAAGAGGCUCGUGACUUGUUAAUGCAGUUUUUGGAUCCACUACCAGAAACUAGAAUCACUCUGGAAGCAGCGUCAAAUCACCCUUGGCUCAGGACCUCAGCCAAGGUGCUGCUGCGCAGUGGUAGCCUGGGUAGCAGACUGGCACUAGAAGUUAACCAGGACAUAGCUUUACACAUGGCUGAUAAUAUGGGGAUGAGUAUGAAAGAAGUGGUGAAUUCAGUCACCCAAAACAGAGCAUGUCAUUCGUUUGCAAUUUACUAUCUUCUAAACGAGCGAUUCAAAAGAUAUGAAUUACAGAAGAGGCAGAAGGAUAAAGGACUGCUAGGGGAGUCAUCUUUUGCAAAAGUUAAAGUUGUAAGGAAAGCUAAAUUGAGAACGGAUGUCAGCCCGAAGAGCAAGUUCACCUACAAAGGUGUCAAGAUCACGAAAGAUGGUUUAUCACAGACCUGUAUUAUGGAUGAAAAUGGCGACAAUUUUGCAAGAUCUGAUGGAGAAAGUGAGCAAGAUUUAACUGCCAUUUACAGCAGCAACGAUGGCUGGAACCAAUAUGCAACCUUUCCACGUGAUCGUCGCACCUCAAGUUCUACGUCAUCAAAAUCGAAUUCUAAUCGUUUAGUCAACGCGACACUUGAUAAGGGCUCUGAUGACAUCGAUUAUCAACGAAAUUCGUCUCCUGAAACCACAGAUAACUCCACAAGCAGCCUGGAAUCCGCGCAAAUUCUAAGAAACAAACUUUUAAACAUGGAAACAGUAGAUGUGUCCCUUCCAAGAAGUCGAUCAAGAAAGGAAAGUGGCAGCGAUGAAGAGCAGUUUUCAAGAGGCAGAUCAAAAAGUCUAACGGGAAGAGAGGAGUAUGAUUAUUCGCACAACCCCUCACCUUACAUCGGCAGAUCCAGAGCAUUAUCAAUCGCAAAUUCAUUUCAUCACAUGGAAGCACCUUCCACAAAGCAUGCUGUGUCCAACACUUUAAAGAACAAUAGCCUCCAGUUUCGUACAGUAAUUUCUCAUCCGAAAAGCUUUAAAUUACUUGAAGCAGAUUUCAAAGACUUUGUUAUUAUUGAAAGGCAAGAACCUACAAGGGAAAACUGUCACCAAAAAGAAGGGACUUUAACAGUGAGAGAUACACAUGAUUUGAAUCUAAAUAAGGACACUGAUAACAAUUCUGGGAAAACAGGAAAUUCUUCUCAUCGCAAAAAAGGCAUCCUUAGAUUAAAUCAAACAAAAAGUGAAGAAGCAAAGGCAUUAGAUUCUAGUCAAGCAGUUAAUGAAAAUUUCACAGAAAUUAUUCCUCCACCAACUCCAUUUAAAGACCGUGAUUUAAAAGUGAACAUAGAACUUGUUCAAACUCGUAAAGCCCCAAGUUGUCAAAAAGAAGCGAAGCUUGUAUCGAAGCUCGAGAGAAAGACGGUUUCAGGAAGUAAGAGUGGUUCUAGUCAUAGAGACAGUCGGCAUAUAAAAGGCAAAACCCGGAGUAGCGGGGAUGGAGAUAGUAAAUUUCGAGAAGGAGUACCAAGAAGCCGUCGACAAUGUGUACCGAGCAAUUAUGGCAAUGAAAGCAGGGAGGUUAACCCUUUGCGAGGUGAGAGGUGUACAGGAGAUGGGGACGGCACACCUUUGGAGAGUCAUCAACAAGGAUCAAAAGGCAAGAAUCGCACUAGGGAUAGAAGAUUCAGUACCACAGACGUUGAGAGUCGAAGGCACCCACCUGAUAGCAACCACAGCUCUAGAGGUUUGGAAGUUAGUCAAGUUGAAGGGAAGAAAUUAAAAAAAAUUGAGCUAGAGAAAGUGAGGAAAGUCGCCCUCGAGCCAUUACGUAAUUCUCCAUUGCAAAUUGCACCAGUUCUUCAAACGGUGUCGCCAUUUUCGUUACAAAGUGUUAGACAAGAAACCAUGCCUAGCCCAGAGGUCGUUGUUGAAAGAAUUCAAUCAACUACAAAACCUUUUAUCGACCUCAAUAACAACGAACAUGUAAACAACAACACAAAAGACAAGAAAACUGGCGCAACCCGUCUUGAAAGUCAGCCAUUUAAGCUGAACGUUGUUAAACUUGCCAAAUGCCAGUGUAUACCUGUGUUUCGCCCGGAGGUUGUUGAACCAUUGCAGCUUAAGAUAGGCAGAAAAGGUGUUGCCAUGCCACUUACGUCCUCCAAAAGAGACUCGGCAUUAUCUUUACUCAAAGAAGCAGUGAGUACCCAGAAUCCAUACCGAGGCUCCGUAACGGAUGAAAAAGUUCGGCGCUUUGUCGCUCAACAAGCAAGGCGAAAGAAUGUUAGUAACAGUGGUAAUAGGGAAACUUUAGCAGAUACAACAAGCAAAACACAGACUUACACAAGAGACCGCAGAUCAAGGAGUUUAAACGAGAUCGAUUUCUUAGAACAAAUUGAACGCCAAGAGAAAAGCCUCCCAAAACAUAGGCUAUGUUAUCGAACUAACAGUGGCGGUAAUUUUACGAAACUAGACUCAGAAAAAUAGAAAUUAUCCUCUAUUGGAUUCGAAAAGCUAAAUGCCAGAUAAGUUCUUUUUUGUAAAGAAGAGAGUGAUGAAAUUGUGAAUAAUCUAAAUAAUAGUAACUAAUUGUAUAUAAGAUCAAAUUAAUAUUAUUAUUCUGCAAUUUUUUGUGUACCUUAAAGUUUAUCAUGUAAAUCAGUAAGCUGGAGUAAGCUUAUUUAUAUCUUAUUUUUGUAACCAAACGUCAAAAUAAUUUCGCAUCCACUGUUCAGACAUAUUUAUGUAACGAAAUCAUUAUUAUUUCAAACGUUUUGUAAUUUUCUCGAAUUCCAAAGGACUUCUAUACAGCCUGUUAAGACGUUCUAGAUCUUACAUGUGAAUAAUCUGCUCAAUUUCUAGAUGGUUAAUUCUAUGACCUUAUAACGUGACAUUCAAACUUGUGUCUGAUAGAUAAAUUUUGAACGCCUUCUCAAACAUAGAUAUGUUAUUUAAGAGCGUAUAAAGCUAAGCAAAUGCCAUUUACCAAUCUGAAUCCUGAAUGCACUUAACAAGAAUCCGCUUGAUAAGAACCUUUUUGGUAACAGGAAACUUUUUGUUCUCUGAUUCACAGGCACCAGUUAUACAGGUGGCUCUAUUGUCCAUUCGAUUGUUAUCUAAAUAUUGAAUUGAACUCUACUUCUACCAAUUUGGCUUUUUGCAAAAUCACGCUUAUUUUCAUGUCAAAAUCAAAGAGGUAAGGUAAACGCAUUAUAUAUGUUGUGGUACAAAAUUUUAAGAACUGCUUUAAAAAAGGGACAGUUUAAGACAGUUUAAGACAUAUUCGAGUUUUUCGUUCGCCCCUCCCCCCCCCCCCCUAAGAGCACAAAACGUUAGAAAAAAGUGAUCAAAAAUUGUCUUGAAAUGUUUUUGUAAAGCUUUUAACAUGACUUCUUAAAUCUUCAAGUCAAUGUCUAGUGGAUGAAAUCGUCACUUUAAAAGCUUUGCAAUGGGAGAAUGAAAAGCUCUUCGCCCCAUGCGACGCAUGGUAUUUCAAUGUCAUCACAAGGCAAAAUAACUCCAACACAUUGAAAAUACAGAACAACAGAACAUGAUAUCUAAAAAGUAGCUCUCAAAAUAGCUUUCACAAUGAAAUUAGUUUCACUAGUCAGAAAAUAGCCCCCCCCCCCCUUUAAAGAUAGGGAGAAAAUGUUUCGAUAGAACAAAAAUUAACAACCAAGAAGAAAACCUUGCAAGGAAGUUAGAUUAGAGGUGUGGGUAGAACCCUAAUCAAUAAUAAAAAAGUCAAGAAAAUAACACCAGAGUGAGUUUUAGUUGUUUUGAAAAUUUUUAUCACCAGAUGAAUGUAUGGUACAUGGAUU